UCAUACCAGAUGUUUGUGUCAUACCCGGGACUGGACCUACUGUGUGCUACAUGUGUGGAAGUGUGGGUGGGAUUUAUGACUGUAGCAUAGGAUUUGAGAAGACAUGUUCUCUCUUUUGGCCUUGUUAUGAUAAAGAGAGUUUUUAUACAGUGUUAAGGACAGUGGUGGAAGGAUGGAGCGGGGGCUGACGAGCACAGGAAUGGACAGCUUAAUUAAUAACUGCCUGACCUCAACUGGUCACACAAGCUCGUAGAGGACUGCAGACAGAGGAAAAAACCCGAUUAAAAGCACAUUAGCUGCUGCUGAGGGAGCUGUAGUGUGGACCAACCCCAGCUGAGGAGACUACUACCACCAAGGGACAUCAAAUAUAAACACCAGGACAAAGAGCUAAAAAGAGGGUCACCACCACUUUGUGGCACGGUGUACUUAGCGUUUUACCCUGAGUUGGUGCCUGACGUCCGUUCUGAAUGAAUGAGUGGGUGGGCCCCGACAUCAAUGUGGUGGGACCACUGCAGAUCCCACCUAGCGAUGAGUUCUCCAUCGCAGAGAGCGCCCAUUUUUUUGAUAUUCUGGCAGACCACGGCAGUCCUCUGCUCCACGAUCCAGAUGUCUUACCAUUCAACACCAGCUACAGUGGCAGCAUGCAGUACCCAGCCAUGGAGCCAGCGCUGUCCUCCACACCUUACUACUCCAGCCAAAACUAUUACUCUCAGUACAAUGGAGAUGAGUGGUACUCAAACGCAGGGAUAUAUGAACUGAGGAAAGGACCACUGGAGGUCAGCUAUGAUGUUGAGAUGGACCAAGCCCCGCCAGUGGUGCCCAUCGUGUGCAGGAGGAGCCGGAACAUGUCACAGGCCGGCAGGGUGAAAGGGGAGGAACUGUGUGUUGUGUGUGGAGACAAGGCCUCAGGAUACCACUACAAUGCUCUCACCUGUGAGGGAUGUAAAGGUUUCUUCAGACGGAGUAUAACAAAGAAAGCUGUCUACAAAUGUAAAAGUGGUGGCAACUGUGAGAUGGACAUGUACAUGCGCAGGAAAUGCCAGGAGUGUCGACUGAGGAAAUGCAGAGAGAUGGGAAUGCUCGCUGAAUGUCUGCUAACAGAGAUUCAGUGUAAGUCUAAACGGCUAAGGAAGAGCAGCAAGGCCUCCCCAGGUCAGUCUACUGGGGAUGAGACGGAGGCGGGGGACCUCACUGACAGCAAACAGGUCACCUCAACCACCAAGCUGUCAAAGGAGAAAGUGAAAAUCACCAAAGAGCAGCAGGCGUUGAUGCAGGUCAUCGUAGAUGCGUAUAACAGGCAUCAAAUUCCUCAAGAUAUGGCCAAAAAACUGCUACAAGACCAGUACAGCGCAGAGGAGAACUUCCUCCUGCUAACAGAAAUGGCAACUAAUCAAGUACAAGUUCUGGUGGAGUUUACUAAAAACAUCCCAGGUUUUCUGUCUUUAAAUCAUGAAGAUCAGAUCGCUCUGCUGAAGGGCUCAGCCGUGGAGGCCAUGUUCCUGCGUUCAGCUCAGGUUUUUAGCAGAAAGAGGCCGAGCGGACACACAGACGUCUUAGAGGAAAGGAUACGCAAGAGUGGUAUAUCCGAAGAAUUUAUGACACCCAUGUUCAAUUUCUAUAAGAGCAUAGGUGAACUUCAUAUGAUGCAGGAGGAACAGGCUCUCCUCACCGCCAUAACCAUCCUGACACCAGAUAGGCCCUACGUGAGGGACCACCAGGCUGUGGAGAGACUUCAGGAGCCGAUGCUGGAUGUGCUCCGAAAGCUGUGCUCCCUGCAGCAUCCACAUGAGCCGCAGUACUUCGCCCGCCUUCUCGGCCGCCUGACAGAGCUCAGAACACUUAACCAUUACCAUGCAGAGAUGCUCACAUCGUGGAGAAUGAACGACCACAAAUUCACCCCACUGCUAUGUGAGAUUUGGGAUGUGGAGUAACACGCCAAGAAAGAAAGUGACACUAUUUACAGAUGAUGUUCCGACUAAUGAGAAGUGUAGUCCCUUUAAUCCUAGGUUAGUUCAUUUAAAUUAAGUUUGACCUUUGGUAGUAUUAGUCAAGAACACUUCUGGGAAUGCAUUUAGAAAUGCAGUUCCAUUCACCAUCAUUUACUGGUCUACUGUCACCAGGUACUGUCAGUGACAGUGGCCAUGUUGUGUUGUUGGUUUGUGACGUAGAGUCGCUGCUAAAAACAAACCUUUGAGGGCAGAUCACUACACUAUGAAGUUUGAACCAUAAAAAUAUCAGUUCCAAAAUAUAGUUCCAAGUAACAUAACACACUCAUUGCAACAAAAACUAGUUCUUUUUAAGCCACCACUGCGUCACCCAGUAACACUGAAAAAAAGUUUGUACAGCGGGUCCUCACUUUAGGACAUACUCGACCUGUGGUGUUUCAUGGAUAUGUCAGAACUAGUUGGUGAGCAGAGUGGACAAAUAUUUGUCAUCAUGCCACACUGUAUGCGGAAGACAGCUUUGUUUACAUUCACCAGUUGUACACCACACAUUGGAUUGUGCUACAUUCGCUUUCUUUUGUUUAUGUUGUUUGUUGUUUUUUACAUCAUGGUGCUGCCACUGAUGUACAGUAUGUGAGUUCAGCAAAAAUCAAGUUAUGUCGUAAGAAUGGAAUUCCAAAAGUAAGUUGAGAACCCCAGGAUUUGUAAAGGCAGCAUCAUCUUCUUUUAGUUUCACUUGAUACACACUGUGCUUCAUCAUAACAUGUUCCACUUGUGUUUAACAUCAUUGCUACUCACAAAAAUGCUUCUGUUUACAUGGUGCUACAUUUAAGGUAGAGCACAGAUGCUACUGCCCCUAGCAGCUUCUUGCAUCCAGCACCGAUAUAGAAGCAUUCUUGGCUCUGAUCCAUCGGCUCAACGAUGAUGAGGUUUCACAUAACACCGGAACAUCAUGUUGCGUAGCCAUGGCAAUGAUUUUUCAGCAUGUUAACAUUAAGACAUUUAUGUAGGUUUCUUUCGUUUUUCUUUGCAUUUGCGUCACGCCAUCACCAUGUUCAUUUAAUGUGUUUAUUAAGUCAGUUAUCUAAGUCAGAAUUACAGCGUAUCUGCAAAUGGAUUAGUGUUUACAGCACAUACACGAAAAGCAAGCAAAUGUUAAGAAGUAGGAACUGUAUACUCUGAGAUCAUCUGGUAGAAAUCUUGGAGGUGGAAUCUUUUGGUGAAAUCACAUGUUGUGGUUUAAUAUCUCACCUUAAUAUUCUUGCCCAGCACAUAAUGCAGAAGGACAUACACGGC